UCAGUUAAAAGAAAACCAGUAUUUGGUUCAGUUGGUUGUUAUCUCUCCGUGAUUCAUGUUGCCAUACAGAUUUUUAAGUUCUUUUUUUAUAUAUUAAAUCCAUAUGCCAAUUAAAUACGUUUGGACGAAAAUAUUACUUUGGUCUAAAAGUGAAAACCUUUUUGAAUUCAGUUUACUUUCGUUUGAAUUAUCGGUUACAGCGGUAGCUCGAAGAAAACAGAUUUUAUUUUGAAUCAAACGGACUUGUAAUUUGAAUUGUUUAAUCAUUCUGCAAGAAUUCUGAAUUUUUGAGUUAGAUAUUUAAACCGACCAUGGAAUUGUGAACUUUUUUAACUGUGUUUUGUUAAUUUUGUUAAACUUUACUUUUUUGGUGGAAACAAAAGAUUUUUUUAAGAAAUCAAACUCUGUCGAUUGAAAUUUGGAAUACCAACAAAAAAAUGAUUCUAAGAUUUGCGCUGUUUGUAACGGCAAUACUGGGUGUGAAUUCACAGAUUUUGUCAUUGGAAGAACAUGGUUCGGAAUGUGCUCUAAUACUGGCCGGCGGUGCCAGAUCAUCAGCAUUCGAUCAUAACAUUAACAUUUUGAGGGGAUCAGUAGAUGGAAUCCAUCAUCAUGACGGUCAUACAUGCAUAACAUACGAUGCUGUGAAUAAUGCUUACCUUGAUGCACGUAAAAGAAUUCAUGUAUCUAGUCCGAAAGGUGAAUGGAAAACUGAAGACAUUGCAACUGUUGGUGAACUUUUACUUGAUAUUUCCAUUCAGUUGGCAAGGACUUACGGCCUAUCGUACGAAGACAUUGAGAAGGGUCUUCCGCAAAUCGAUACAUCGAAAACUCUUAUCAGAGAAGUAUGUCCGCCAUUUUUAUCCGGUGUUGAAUGUCGUCCGGGAAAAUAUCGUCGAUCCGAUGGCCUCUGUAAUAAUUUAGAGCAUCCGUUGUGGGGUGCAGCUAUGGCACCAUUCCAACGUUUAAUCGGACCAUUGUAUGCUGACGGAAUUAAUGCGCCCAGAAUAUCUGUAACUGGACGUGAUUUGCCAUUGAGUCGAGUGGUGUCGAGAACUUUGCAUCCAGAUGAUGGUUUUCAUGAUCAUGCUGGUACUGUGAUGGUUAUCGCUUGGGGUCAGUUUAUGGAUCAUGAUUUCACUUUGACUGGAACACCUUUAGAUCCAAUUAAUAGGAACGAUCCAGAAGAAUGUUGCAAGCGUCCGCUUCAUUUGAAGCAUCCAUAUUGUAAUGAGAUUCGUGUCCCCGAUGACGAUUACUUCUAUCGCCUCUUCAAUGUUAAGUGUAUUGAUUUCGUUCGUGGUUUUCCAUCACCCAAAGCUGGUUGCAAACUAGGUUCAAGAACUCAAUUUAACACUUUAACGGGUAUCAUUGACGGAAACACAAUUUAUGGUGUCAAGGAAACGUUUACGAGAAAAUUGAGAACCGGAUUCGGGGGAUUAUUGAGAAUGAACCCAGUUUUCCAAGAAUAUGGUCUAAAGGACUUGCUUCCGCUCAAAUUAGAUAUUCCAGAUGAAGGUUGCACCAGACCCAACAAGAGCAUGUUCUGCUUUGAAGCAGGUGAAAUUCGAGUCAACGAACAGUUAGUAUUGACAUGUAUGCACACAAUGUUGGCUCGUGAGCAUAAUCGUUUAGCGGGAAAAUUAGCUGCAAUCAAUCCACACUGGGACGACGAAACAUUGUUCCAAGAAUCUAGACGAAUCAACGUAGCCAUUAUCCAGCACAUCACCUACAAUGAAUUCUUGCCGAUUUUGCUUGGAAAAGAAGUUAUGGAGAAAUUUGGUUUAGUACUGAACAAGAACGGCUACUGGGAUGGAUACGAUUCUCAAGUCAAUCCAUCGAUCAUUGACGCUUUCGCUUCAGCUGCGUUUAGAUUCGGUCAUUCGCUUCUUCCAACAGCAGUUGAACGAUGGUCGAAAGCCCACAAGUUCAUCGCUUCGAAACGACUUUCCGAUCUGAUUCGUCGGCCAUAUGAUUUAUACAGAGCUGGUGUGUUUGACGAAUAUCUGAUGGGUUUGAUGAAUCAAGUUGCUCAAGCUAUGGACGAUUCUAUUACUCAAGAAGUUACAAAUCAUUUGUUUAAAAAGGAGGGUGCGCGUUUCGGCCAUGAUUUGGUAUCAUUCAAUAUGCAACGUGGUCGUGAGUUCGGUAUUCCUGGUUACAUGGAAUUCAGAAAGUUCUGUGGUCUGCCAAUAUCACACAGCUGGGAAGAAAUGGCAGGCUCAAUGCCAAACGAAACAAUUUUCCGCUACUCCAGUAUUUUCGAGCAUCCUGCUGAUAUUGACUUGUGGUCGGGUGGCGUAUCGGAACGAUCACUACCGGGCUCAAUGUUGGGACCUACAUUCGCUUGUGUCAUUGCCACCCAAUUGAGUUACAUCCGGCGAGGAGAUCGCUUCUGGUAUGAGCUACCGAAUCAACCGUCAUCGUUCACACCGGAACAAUUACAAGAACUCCGGAAGGCUAAAUUAUCCAGAUUGAUUUGUGACAAUACUGAUCUGAUUGACACAGUGCAAAUUUAUCCGAUGGUUCUGCCGGAUCACGAAAUUAAUCCUAGAGUUCCAUGCAAGAGUGGAAUUAUUCCAUCCAUUGAUCUGACGAAGUGGGCAGAUUAUGGGCAGGAUUAUUCACCACACCAAUAUAACAUCCUGAACGACAUUCCAGACACAGUGGUAAGCUUCAAGAAAUAAUAAAAUUU